AUGAUUCUUAAAAAACGACCAUUUGUUUUGUCACAUUCAACAUUUGCUGGUUCAGGUCAUUAUACUACACAUUGGUCUGGUGACAAUGCUGCUUCAUUUAUCGACCUUUAUCAGUCAAUUCCAACGAUUCUCAAUUAUAAUAUCUUUGGCAUGACAUUUGCAGGUGCAGAAAUUUGUGGUUUUAAUGAUGAUACUACGGAAGAAUUAUGCACCAAAUGGGUGCAACUAGGUGCCUUCUAUCCGUUUAUGAGAAAUCAUAAUGCAGUCGGUGCUAAAAUUUUACUUAUCUACGGACUUGAUUUGAAUAUGUUAGGUGCAACAAGUCAAACAAUUGAAUGGAAAAAAACAGAUUGA